AUGCAUAUUACCACCAAGAGAAACAAGGCGCUGGCUCUGCUCUUCUUCCUUCUCUCCUUCCUGACUCUCUGUCUGCUAAUGAGAAGGAGUUUCCGAGCUGUUUCCCAUCACAAGCAUCUCUCCCUACAUAAAGAUGUUCUCGUGAAGCGCGGUAUUGACCCCAGGUAUAAAGUUCUCAAAGAUAAACUCGAACGGAGCCCUCGAGUCUACCAGAAUGAGGAGAAAUUCGUGGCUUUUGGCUCGGAAUCAGUCACUUUAGGCAGUGAUAACUUCAUAGGGUGCAUGGGCUUGGUCAUUGCAAGCAGCCAGGGCGCCAUCAUCGGGCACUACACCAACGCCGAUCCCAGCAUCUCUCAAGCCAAGACCAACAUUCCCGACCUGAUCAAUGACCACAAGGACUCCCUGGCAGGCGCCGAAGCGUGGAUCUACGGGCACGUCAGGCUGAAUAAACCACACAAAUAUCAGGCAGAGGAGCGCAUCCAGGAACUGGAGUCAAUAAUCAAGAACGAGCUUGGCAUUACGGCCCAGAGAGUGAAGUAUAUAGAACCGGAGGAUCUGAUGGCGGAUGAGAAUGAAGAAUUGAUAGUAGACGAGCUGCCCGAUGAACUAAUGUAUGGUUUUGUCCUCGUGGAGCAUCCGGGUGGACAUUCACAGGAAUCCGUCAUCACCUUCGUUAGUCUCGAUUGGCAGAAAGCCGGGACGACCUUGGAUUAG